AAUUGAACCGCCGCCGACGCACGCGAGUGGCGUGAAGAAUCAUGGUGCAGACAUUGGGAGAUGCGGUUGCGAUGGGAGUGGACUUGGCCACGUCCAUCAAGUUCAAGAAUGCAACUUGGAUCAAUAACACCUUCGUCACGGACGUGUACGAGUAUCAUCGCAGCAACAUGUCGGGGACGGUCAUGUCCGUGCUUGCCGAGAAAGCAUGCGCCCUCUUGGACGAAAACCCGGAAUGCUUCACGGCGAAUUGGGAACUCGUGUCGAUGCAGUUUCGUUUCUGGUUGUACCUGCAAACGCCCAUCUUUGCCGUGUCCGUGCUCUUCGAAUGGCUUGAAAUGGCGCGCAAUCCGUACAUCGAGAGGCUGCGGCGCCUCGCGUCCUACAGCGCCCAUGCCGGCGCGGGUCUCCAACUCAUCUCGUCUCUCGUAUGUUGCGGGGCAUGGAUCGUUCGCGCCGGUUCCAUGCGGCUGAAUCCUGCCACGUGGGCUGUCGAGUCACUUCUGUUGAUGUUUUGCGCGUUUAGUUAUUCGUUGCGAUGGAUUUCCGCGCCCAACAAGGUGUACCAUUGCCUCCAGCUCAACAACCUCUUCGACUUGCUGUCCAUCACAUCCCAUUUCGCACUUGGCACGUCGGUGGCCGUGGGCAAACUCCGGUACUCGUGGCUCAACUUUGCCUUUCUUCGGUCGUACAUUAUCUACCACGUCCUGGCCACUGUGUUUGACCGCUACAAGACCAACUACUCGAUGCAACUCGGCCGCAUUCUCGUGAAAACAGCCUGCCUCAUCUUUUUCGCGGCGGCGGUGCUGUACUCGUUGGAGUACCUUGGCGAAAUCCCCGACACGAAUUCGUUCCUUGUCCACGUGUACAUGUGUCCGACGCCAGCGGGCGAACUCAUCCCGUCCAACAACACGGACGGAUUUGAGUCAGGAUUGUGCACGGAGCGCAUGAGUCUGUUUACGUCGCUUUACUUCAUGCUCGUGACCGUCUCCACUGUCGGGUACGGUGACAUCACGCCCAAGACCGUGCUUGGGCGGUUUCUCGUGCUGUUCUUCAUCCCUGCGGGCAUCUACUUCUUCGCCGCCGAGACCGCCAACCUCGUGGCCAUCUUUGAAGAUCGCCGGCUCGGACGGCGGCGGUACGCGCUCAAGCGGCACACGCCCCACGUCGUGCUCACUGGAAACCCCGCGGCGGUGCAAGUGCUCGAUUUUCUGCGCGAGUUCUUCCAUCCAGACCACGACCACCACCUGUCGUCCUCUCAUCCUCCCCCGUCUUCCGCCCCACCGGGCAUACCGUCGGGGGCGACGAGGCGGCAGCGCCAUGCCGCCGCGCGCACGCGCCACAUGGAGCUGGUGGUGCUGGUCGAGUUCCACGGCCACGCCGAUGCUGAAGCCGCCUUCCACCGCGUCGUGCUGGCCUACAUCGACGCCCAUCCGCACAUGCACGGCAAGGUGACGCUCCUGUCCGGAUCGCCCCUCUCGGACCCGGACCUCUGCCGCGCCAAGAUCCGCGACGCCACCGCCGUCUUCUUCCUCCCCAACAAGUACGCCAAGCUCGCCAACGAGGAGGACGCGGCCAACGUCCUGCGCGUGCUCGCCGUGACCAACGUCGUCGCAGACGCGUCGCAUCUGUUUGCGAUGGUCGUCAACGCUGAAAACCACAAGCUGCUCGAGGCGACGGGCAUCCCCGCCGACCAUUUGGUCUGUUCGGACGAAAUCAAGCUCGGACUCAUGGGGCUGAGCUGCCGAUGCCGCGGAUUGUCGACGCUCAUGGCCAACCUCAUCGGGUCAUUUGACAUGCAAGCGUUCGAAGACGUCGUGCGCCGUAACAACGAAGACGCUGGCAACGUCGGCGACCAAGUGCCCCUGUGGGUCGAAGAGUACGUCACGGGCGCAGCCAAAGAGAUCUACGCCUGCCACUUGGACGAGCGGUUCCACGGCAUGACGUUCUUGGACGCGGCGCACAUGAUCUUUGGUGACACGAACGGUCAAGUGCUCCUCUUGGCCGUUCAAGACGACGACCACCACCACGACAUUGUGACCAACCCCGGCCACACGUUUGUUCUUGCCCGUGCGACAAAGGUGUACAUGAUUGCCGAAUCGGUCAAAACGGUGGCGCCGUUUGCCGCGGUGGGCCAAGCGCUCCACACGUCCAAGUUGAUGGGUCUGCUCAAAGUCCGCAACCACCUUGUGAAGGCGGCCCAUCGCGCCCGUCAUACGGUCGAGAAACGCAUCCCAAAGUCCGUCCGCGACUACAUUGGACGCAUGGUCACGUUGGAAAAGGCGCGCCCGCCACCGCCCGCGCUGCUGAACGCGGGGGGGCACAUUGUCAUUUGCAGCGGCCCCUCUGGCGACCAAACCAUCGCCCGCUUGGUCAACUUUUUGCGUCCGUUGCGGAAAGAUCACGUCACAGCGCCCGUGGCGGUGGUGAUAAUUCAUCCGACCGAGUUCAAAGACAGUGCAUGGGCCCAGCUGAGUGUGUUCGGCGACGUCUACCACUUGCACGGAUCGCCGCAAAAGCAUAGUUCGUUGGUCCGCGCGGGGAUUUACAAGGCGUCGGCGGUGAUUGUGCUGGAUCAGGGGUCGGAAGAGGGGGUACUUAUUAUAUACAUACUGUACAUACACAUAUAUAUGUACAUUGCACCACUUUGAAGUGCAAAGUGAACGACGCCCCUCGUGGAAAUUUGACUGGCUUAUGACUCUCAUGUGAACUGCAAAGUGACUUAUGGUAGUAAGUAUAUGAUGAUAAAACCAUGAGAUACUGUAGAACUUGAUCGAUUCGGAAGCGAUCUUCAAGACCAUGUUGAUUGACGCGGCCAUUCAAGAUGCACCCCACAUGGCCCACCCCCGCGUCCAGUUUUCAAUCAUAGAGCUCAAAGAAGAGCAUUUCAACAAGUAUUUGGACAUCCUCCACGGCAGUCCCACCACCGACGACCCCGCGAUUCCGUCUGCGAUUCACGUGCAUUCGUUGCGCCGCAGCAGCAAUCAGUCGGCCACGCCCAUGCUCACAGGCACCCCGUUGAGUCCUCAGACGUUGGCGGCGCACGUUCGUCCGCCGCAAAUGUCGUCCCGAUCGCAAGGCUCCCGCCUCUCCCGCGCGUCACAGGCCACGUCGCGAAUAACCCAAGGCGGCGGCGGGCGGCGGCUGGCGCUGCAGCGGAGCUACUCAAUGGACAUUACGCAGUGGGUGUCGGACAAGUGGAACACAUUUAAGGACGUUUGGAGAGAGAUCCGCGCCGCGCUGUUCCGGAACGGCUUGGCGCGGGGUGUGAAGGACGAUGAUGGCGACCGACGCGGCACGGUCAACAAGGCGUACGCGCUCAUGGACCAGUUCAACGUAGACGACGAAACGUUCUUCCAGGAGCGGUACAUCAGCGGCGGACUCUUCCCGGCGUACGUGGCCGACGAGUUGCUCAUCCAGAGCUUCUACAAUGCGUCGAUCAACGUCUUUAUGCGCCAUGUCCUCGACGGCAAGUCCAUCUUCAUGCUGUACGACAUCCCUGUGCAAUGGCGGCACCUCCAACUCUCGUACGGCGACCUCGUCAGCCGCAUGACGCGGCAGCAUGCCCACGCGCUGCCCAUCGGGUUGCUCCGCGCGCCGUCCUUUUUGAACGGUGCCGCCAAGCCGUAUGUGUACACGAGUCCGUAUGCCCACACGAUUGUGGACCCCCAUGAUAAAGUGUUUGUCCUGAUCAAUCACAGCGCCAUCCAUCGCGUGGCGAGGAAGCUACAGCGCCGAUUUGCCGCGCGCAAACGAUGGCGCCAAACGGUGGCCGCCGCUGUCGCCGCUGCUCCCCAAGGUCAAGCGGCACCGUGACGUCGAUCGCGCCGACUCAAGACUCAACCAGAAACCCUCCAUCACUAGUACAUAUGUCCAUAUAAGACCAUGCAUGUACUAUACCUGCUGCGCAUCACUAUCGCUGAGACAAUAUCAUGGAUGCUUUCCAUAUUCAUGUUCCCGUCGCUUGGACACGUCCUCGUCCUCCGCAUCCGCCGCCUCUCGCUAAUGUGUCUGCGUUUGUGAGUUGAUG